GAGAAGCGAAGAGCGGCCGAGGUCAGGGGUUGGGCUUCUGGGGAUUUGGGGCAUUAGGUGGAAGGAAGGAUACGUUGUAAGGACCGAGGAAGAGGAAGCCGGGCUAGGGCGAAAGGCUUCGAAGGGCUAGGGAUAUCAUGCUAUGGAUGAGACGGGGAGUUUGGUACUAAAUCUAGGAAGGAGCAUGAGCUGUCUUCUGUAUUUUUGGUGCAGAAAAUUUGGUUGUGGGUGUCUGCCAGAUGGCCUCAAAUGGUGAAGAUGGUAUUGCUUGGUACCAAAAAAAGGUUGGAGCCUAUGAUCAACAAAUAUGGGAAAAGUCUAUAGAACAGACUGAGAUGAAGGGCUUCAAAAACAGACCCAAAAAGAAAGGUCACAUACAGCUGGACCUAAUAGAUGUUGACUUGAUCCGAGGGUCUACAUUUGCCAAAGCUAAACCUGAAAUUCCUUGGACUUCUCUUACAAGGAAAGGAAUUGUGCGGGUUGUAUUCUUCCCAUUUUUUAGCCAUUGGUGGAUACAAGUCACAUCCUUGCGUAUUUUUACAUGGCUUCUAGUGCUCUAUGUGUUACAAGUUGUAGCAAUUGUGUUAUACUACAUGAUGCCUGUUGUGAAUGUAAGUGAAAUUAUUGGACCUUUGUGCCUAAUGCUACUGAUGGGAACCGUACACUGUCAAAUAGUAUCUACUCAGCUGUCAAAACCGUCAGGGACCAAUGGAAGCAGUGCUAGCAAGAGAAGAAGAAAAAUGCGGAAAUUUGCAGGAGAUGAUGGAAGCAGAGAGAUCAGUACCUAUACUUCUAUUGACAAUAUCAGCAGAGGAGAAGAGCCUUCAGGGUUGGGAUCAAGGAUUAACAGCCUCCUUGACACAGUCUUAUACAGGAGGAACAUGGAGGGGAUAAAAAGAGGACAACAGGUAGCCGAUAAAUGGACAGAAACAGAACACAGCAGCGGUAUGAGGCGCAGGAUUUCCAAGUCUGAACACAGUUUGCAGCGGUCCAAGGAUCAUGGGAUACAGUUAAGUGCAGAAAAAAAGCAGAAUAUUAAUAGACACUCUGGUGUUUCUGAUGAACUCUCAAGUGAAGAGGAUGCUGAUGCUAUGGGUCAGAGAGUUUUGUUGCGUAGAAGUGUUGAAGGUGCUUCCAAUGUCAGCAUGAAUGAGAAUCAGAGAAAGACAUCUUCUGUUGGUUCUUCAAACCAGACAGUCUCCCAGGUCAAGGAAGCCAUGAAAUCUAUGCAAAACUCUGACAGUAUAACGGACUCAGAAUUAGACACAAGAGUUCUUCAUGAGACCAAAGAUCAAUUUAGUAGUGGAGGAUCUCGGAGUGGCAGUGUAUCUCACGGGGGAUCUCGGAGUGGAAGUGUAUCUCACAGAGACUCAGAAAGUACCCGCCAUGGUUCUGAAACAGAGGAUGUGCUGUGGGAUGACUUGCUUCAUGGGCCUGAGUGCCGCUCCUCCUUUACCAGUGACAGUGAAGGAGCCAAAGGAAAAGAAGCAAGGGGAAGCAAGCGUGAUCUGAAGGAAGAUGUUUUCCAGCAGAACCACUUGUUCUGGCUGCAGAACACAAGUCCUGCUUCUUCCAAAGUGAGCGCUCUCAUCUGGGAGGGAAAUGAAUGCAAGAAACUGGACCUGUCUGUGCUGGAGAUCAGUGGGAUCAUCAUGAGCAGGGUCAAUGCCUGUCAGCAAGGAGGAGGUUAUCAAUGGCUGGGAAAUAUUGUCACCAUUGGUUUGGCAUUCCUUCCAUUUCUCUAUCGACUUUUCCACUCAAAGACCUUGGAGCAGUUGUGGUCACUUUCUUUAAAAGAACUUAUAUUUAUUUUUUGUGGGGGCACCCCAAUCCCCCUAGUUGUACUUCUUGCAAUGAUUAUCUUUCUUGAGCGACUGUGCCUCACCUGGAUGUUUUUCUUCAUGAUGUGUGUUGCUGAGAGAACAUAUAAACAGAGAUUUUUGUUUGCCAAACUUUUUAGCCACAUUACCUCUGCUCGGAAAGCCAGGAAGUAUGAAAUCCCUCAUUUCAGACUGAAGAAGUUGGAAAACAUCAGGAUGUGGUUAUCACUACGCUCUUACUUAAAGAGACGAGGCCCACAACGAUCAGUUGAUGUAAUUGUAUCCUCCAUCUUCUUACUGGCUCUUUCAAUUGCUUGCAUAUGCUGUGCACAGGUUUUAAAAGGUCACAAGACAUUUUUGAAUGCUGCUUACAACUGGGAAUUUCUAAUCUGGGAAACUGCCCUGCUUCUCUUCUUGCUGCGCUUUGCAUCUCUUGGGUCUGAAACCAACAAGAAAUACAGUAAUGUUUCAAUUCUGCUCACUGAGCAGGUAAAUUUAUAUUUAAAAAUGGAGAAGAAGCCAAAUAAGAAAGAACAGCUCAUUCUUGUGAACAAUGUCCUAAAGCUGUCUACCAAACUCCUGAAGGAGUUAGAUACACCAUUUAGACUGUAUGGGUUGACAAUGAAUCCCUUAAUCUACAACAUUACACGUGUGGUGAUCUUGUCUGCAGUCUCUGGUGUUGUCAGUGAUCUGCUAGGAUUCAAUAUUAGGUUGUGGAAAAUCAAACCGACUUGAAGAGCAGAUCCCAAGUCUUCCCCUGUGCAAAGCCCAAGAAAGAUCAAUGGAGGCAAAGGACAUAUUCAUGGGCUCGGUAUGGAAGCUGGUGCUUUAUACCAACAUGCAUGCAUUCUUCUUACUCUUCUGAGUGAUCAUAUAGCUUGAAGAUACAGUUCAAUAAACCUUGGUAAAUUAUUUUAA